AUGUUUCUCAAAAAAAUAGAUGGUACCACAGAUAUGGAUAGUUACGCUGCUCUAUCAAUCUUAGUUAUGAUUAGCAACGCGAAGCCUUCAGUAGCACUCGCGAACCUCGAAGUGAUAAGAACACACGGACUCACCGGUGACUAUAACUCCAGGAAACUGAGUGCCGAAUUACUCUUAAGUCUCUCCAAAAAAGAUCAAAGGUAUCCAGCAGAUCACAGCAUCUUUACAUCAUUACAAGAAAGUUUAAUGGAAACUUAUUUAAAAUUAAACAAAUUUACAUCUUUUGCUGCUCAUUCCAUAGAUUUUAUAUAUGGUGUAUGUGAUACACCAGAAAUAAUUUGCUCUAAGAUAUUAGCUGAAAUGUAUAAGCAUAUCGAAGAAAAAAUGGUAAAAGACAUAGAAAAUGAAGAGGAAGCCAGCUAUCCAGUGGAACUGUUAACUAGAUUUAUAUUUGUAAUAGGACACAUAGCUUUGCAGCAAUUAAUUUAUUUGGAUAUAAAUGUUUACAGUGAACUAAGGAGACGAAACCAGGUGCGAGAAGAGCGUAAAGCGGAGGAGAAACGCAAAAAGAAGAUAGGUCAGUUCGCGACGCCGGCGCGCCGCGGCCGCGCGGACGAACUGCGCCGUCAGACGCUCAUGAACGCGAGCAACGCCAGCGCCAGCUCGCGAGCGCAGCGCGCCGCCAGCGUGCUCUCCAACAAGGGCGCUUCGACGAACACAACCCUGACGGAGGAGGAGGCUGGGCUGGAGGGCGCGGUGGCGGACGACGCGGACGCGGAGUACGUGCGCAGCGUGUGCGAGCGCGACAUCGUGGGCGCCGCCGCCGCGCUGCGCCGCUACCUGCCGCUGCUGCGCGCGCUGCUCGCCGCGCCGCGCGCCGCCUCGCGCCUGCACGCCGCCGCCGCGCUCGCCUACACCAGAUACAUGUUAGUGUCGAGCUCUGUGUGUGAAGAGGGACUUCAGCUGAUGAUGACGGUACUGAAAAGAUCUAAGAAUGUGUCACUAAGAACAAACCUAACUAUAGCUUUCGCCGACUUGACGCUGAGAUUUCCUAAUCUUACUCAACCAUGGACUCAUCAUAUAUAUCACAUCCUAAGCGACGAAGAGCUGGAAGUCCGUCAGUGCGCAGUCAAGAUGCUGUCGUUCCUGGUGCUGCACGAGAUGGUGCGUGUGAAGGGACAGAUAGCGGACAUGGCGCUGUGUUGCGCCGACCGCGACCCGCGCGUCGCCGCUAUGACGCGUCUCUUCUUCAAACAGCUGUCGCAGAAAGGCAACGCCCUCUACAACGUUAUGCCGGACAUUAUAUCCAGAUUAAGUGACCCGGAACUCAAUGUGCCGGAAGACACUUAUAGAGUUAUUAUGAAGUACAUAACAUCGUUGAUACAGAAAGAUAGACAAAUGGAAGCGUUAGUAGAAAAGUUAUGUCAACGUUUCAAGCUAUCUACGGAGGAAAGACAGUGGCGGGAUUUAGCGUACUGUCUCUCCCUAUUCACGUACAACGAACGUUCAUUACGCAAGCUCAUAGAAAACCUCGAUUGCUACAAAGAUAAAUUACACUGCCCCGGUGUGAUGGAGUCCUUCAGUGUACUUAUGAAUAAUACAGCAAAAAUGGCGAAGAAUGAAAUAAAAGCAAUGGUAACAGAACUGGGUGAUAAAAUCGAGGAAUGUUUCGCGGUGCGCGACAAGGAGGGUGAGGAGGGGGAGGAGGCCGAGCCCGAGGCCGAGCUGCCGCGCGCCACGCCGCGUCGCCGCGCCGCGCCGCGCCGCGCGCGCCCGCGCUCCUCCUCCAGUGCUGAUGAGAAUGAACCACCUAACACAGAGUGGACCCCGCAAUCUGUAAGAAAAUCGAGAAGAAAAGUUGUACAAAGAAACAAAACAAAUGAUUCAGAAGAAUCAGAGGAUGAAGAUUUUCAAAAAAAGGAAGAGGUAUUCAAAAAACCUUCAACGAGAAAAGCAACUCGUAAAAGGCUG